GUCCUCUUCCACUCUCUCCCAUCGCCCGCGCUCGUCGUGGCCAUUGUCUUCUUGACCUGCCGAACAUGACAAACGAGCCUCAGACGCCUGAAAGGCCGGAAGAUGCCCAAACUGCCCGGCCUCCAUCCCCAUCCACCAAGCGAUCCCAAUCGAAACCUGGAUCAUCGCGAACAGGCUACAUUGCGCCAACAACAUCGCCAUAUCGUGAGCCAGAGGUCGUAGAAGAUAGCCUUGCCUCUAGCCAGCCGGAGGUGUAUCAGGAUGCCACACAAGGAUGGUCGACGGACCAGUCAUCGUACGGGGAUUGGGGGCCGCAAUGGUCUGGUCAUAUGUGGUCAGAAUCUGCUGGCUCGCACAAGAUAGCCAUUGACGGCCGCGACGAUUUCCAAGAGCUCAAUUGGUACAAUCCCGCUGUGCACGAAUCGAAGCCCAGGCCUGGACCGGGUAUGCUGCCUCCUUUACUUGCGGACGAAAUUCACGACCCAGAACAUGCUCUUUACUCUGUGAAUAUCAUGGCUCGCCUACCCUCUACCACUCCUGACAGCGCCCAGCUUGCGCCGUCGCAGGAGGAAGCACGGACGGCUAUACCUCACGCGCGCUCCUACUACUGUGCCGAGCACAAUGGAUGGAUCUUAAUCCUCUGGGGCUCAUCUUCUGUCCUCCCGCCUCUCGCGCGCAGCGUCGAGAAUCUACCAGACGCUACGCGGCGCAAAGUUACUACCUCGUGCAUCGGCGACGGCGAGCAACCGUUCGGGCAAGUGAAUGCUACGCACCAUUGGCACCGCUAUGAGACACUCCUCGAUCUGUAUCUCUGCUGCCAAUGCAACAAGUAUUGCAUGGUGUCCGACGUCCUCCCCGGCGUCAUCCCUCACGACGUCCAUCAGGCCUUCAUCUAUGACAGGUGGAGCCACCCUCCUCCCGAUCGAACACCCAAGGGGAGCGUGAUGGCAGGCUGGGAGACGAUGUUGACCAUCCUCGAGAACCGUCUAUGGAAAGACGAGCAGCGUUCGCUGCCCGUCACCCGUCCUCGCUUUCAGCACAAACUUGGCUGGAACAGUACCGUUCGCAAGAUAUUCGAGGUUCUAGGUUUUCCUAUCAAUGCUAUUAAGAAGACAACAACAACUAUCGCCGAUAACUCCUCGACCGCGGAAGAACUUGGCUUACUGCCUCCGAACAUCGAUCCCGCGACUCCUGAGGGAAAGCACCUACGGGUGAAGCUGUUACGUGCGUGGGUAGAGAUAUCAGCCUGGUUGGCUAUCUACCGAAAAUCAAAAGGAGAUCUUGGCAACUAUUCCUCGCAGGUGAUUUGCGUAGAUGCUACGGAGGUCCGGGAGAUGUACCAAGAGGAAAUCGGCGCUCAUGUCAAGCAGAGUACGCAAGCAGUGUUUUUUUGUCUGUUAACCGAUACUGACACCAAGCUGCUGGGCUUCGCGUAUCAGGCGCAGUGCCGCUGCGACCCUCUGCGGACGCCGCUGUACUUCACACAAUUUUGCCAGAUUGUCCAAAUGCUUGCGAAUGUCGGCGAAGCUUCGCCGGAACUCCAGCAGUUGAUCCACGACGAGCGCAAACGCCAUCGGUACACGUUCGACGACCUCCGCGACUCCAUUGCCCUCUUGGGCUUCGGCAAGGACGGUGAGCUUGGCGUCGAGUUCGAUGGUGAGAUCGACGACAAGUUCAUUCUGGACGCAUGGCGCAAUGCGAGAAGACGAACGUGGGCCGACCCGGUCAAGGGUGGGGAGAUGCGGAUGAGGCUCAAUGACGCACUCAAGAUCAUUGCCGACGCUAGGAAUAGUCAGACUGUCGACUCUGCGUGGAAUCAGGAAAAGGGCAGUGUGAUGAGCCCGGAGACUGCGUAUGCGACGCUGGAAGUACCGAAGGACAUGGACGAGACCAUGUUGCUCACGAUCUACGCAAUGCGGGUAGAGGACCAACCGAGUCAGAUGGAUAAGAUGAAGGAGGCGCUGUCUGUAAUCGCCGAGUUUACGAACAGUGAUAGGCUACGGAAGUUCAUGGAGACUGGAACGGAUCCUGGCGACGCAACCCAGAGCAGCAGCCCGGGGAUGCCGCGAGGUUUAAACCAGUUGGGCAACACCUGCUAUUUGAAUUCCUUACUGCAGUAUCUCUACACGAUCAGGGACUUGCGCGAAGCUAUCACCCCGUUUGCCGACGCGGGCGAUGAAAAGAUGAUAGACGAUAGCAAGUUCACUGACGAUGACCUCAAACGGCAUCGCGUCGGUGGGAGACUAGUCACAAGACGAGAGAUAUCGCGUUCUAAGAAAUUCGUCCGACAAUUGGCCAGCCUCUUCUGGAACCUGGAGUACUGCGACAUUCCAGCUGUCACUCCGUCUAUCGACCUGGCGAAGUUGGCAUUGGUGACUUCGCAGGAUGAGGAGGAAGACGACAUCAGUCGACCCGGAACGGAAGGUUCAAACGACACGGAUGCGACACUUGUUGAAGACGUACCGUCGCGAUCGGCAUACGACCCGCCGUCUCCGUCGCCACUUGCGAGCCCGACUGAAAGUGUACUCGGUAAGAGGCAUCGUGGUUCAGAUGAAAUGGACGUCGAUAUGCGAUCCUCUCCGCACGAAACAGCGAAGGAGAACGACGGCCAUUUCACUGCUGUCGCCGAGGCCGUUGCCUCAUCGUCCAAGCUGCAGAUGGACACCGACGUCGAUCAGUCCGACGUGCCGGAUCUUCCUGAUAACGAGAGUUCUAAGGUACCUCCUCCACUACCCAAGAGACCUCGACCAACCGAUGACUCCGUCAUGAUGUUGGUACGUCGUCAACAUGACGUGUCAGAAUGUAUGGACAACUGCAUCUUCCAAAUCGAAACGGCAUUGCUUGAUUCCAGGAGAUGUAUCGUUAAGAGAUUGUUCUUCGGAAAAAAGAGGCAGCGACUUACACCUCUAUCGAGCACGGACGAUAUGCGGCACAAGUCUUCCAUCCACGAGAAGGAAGACUUAUUUUCUCAGCUCCACGUCAACGUCUCAGACGAAGGGUUUGAUUUGUACGAUGGGCUCGCGCGAUAUUUUGACGACGUAGUCGAAUUUGACGGUGUGAAGAAGCGAAUGGAAGUGUCGCUGGUCGAUCUUCCUCCGUUACUGCAGAUACAACUGCAACGAGUCCAGUUCGACAGGGAGACACAACAGGCGUACAAGUCGCAAGCAUACGUGAAGUUCGGAGAAAUGCUGUAUGUGGACAGGUUCCUUGACAGCGCAGACAUGUCCAAGAAAGCGCAGUCGAAAGCCAUCCAAGCAGAACUUACUGCGAAUCGUGAGCGGAUACAGAGGCUAACACAAGACAAACAUGCGCCUUUUGCCCCCGCGCUGAGCGCGACUGCCGACUUUUUGGCUACGCCUAUGCCAAUCCCUGAGGCAACAGAGGAUCUCGUCUCCGAGUUACGCAAGGAGCAGGAGUUCGUGACGCAGCGGCUCGAUGACGAGCGCAGUAAUGCAGCAGGACUGAAGACAAAGAUCGAGGAUAUCUGGAAGGACGACACUACAGCAGCUUACGAACUCACUUCUGUGUUCAUCCACCGUGGGUCGUCGCCUUCAUGGGGACAUUACUUUUUCUAUUCUCGCAACCUGCCGGAGAACCCCGAUCAAUGGUUCAAGUAUAAUGACUCGGACGUCACCGUUGUAUCGAAAGAGGAGGUCCUGGCGGAUACGACUGGCUCUACCGCCAAUCCAUACAUGCUUGUGUUUGCGCGUAAAGACUCGGAGGCUAUACGGACAGUACACAGAUUCGAUCCCGAAUUGCUACAGGAAGGUUGACACUGAUCGUCCCAUCAUACUUUGCACUAUAUAUCAUCAGGCAGCUACGAAGUUACUGUUACACACUCAUGCUCCAUAUCAUUUCGCAUGUCCUUUGCUGUAUAUCACCGUAUCCGAGCGCUCCCACUUCGCGUCGAGAUGUCUUGUAUAUAACAAAAGCAUGCAGACUGCUAUACUUCAACUGAUUAGGAACAUCUGGGCG